AUGAGGACGAUAAGCUGGACCUCCCCAAAGCCGGAUCCCCCCAAACCUCCCCAAGCCGGAUCCCCCAAGCCAAAACCCUCCCCAAGCUCCGGAACCCUCCCCAAGCCCAGGGGCCACUUCCACAAGCCGGAACCCUCCCCAAGCGGAACCCUCCCCAAGCCAGAACCCUCCCCAAACCAGAUCCCCCAAGCCAAGCCACUCCCCAAGCCAGAACCCUCCCCCAAGCCGGAACCCUCCCCAAGCCGGAUCCCCCCAAGCCAAAAGCCACUCCCCAAGCCAGAACCCUCCCCAAGCGGAACCCUCCCCAAGCCAGAACCCUCUCCAAAAAUCCGAUUCUCCAUAUUCCCCCUUCAAGAUCCUCAAAAGAUGACUCUGGUCUCGUUCACAAAUGAGUUCCUCUUUCUUUUGAUGUCUCGUUAA